AUGGCGAGAUUUUCGACCGUGCGGUCCUUCCGCGCAGCGCUUCUCCCCAUUCUGCUGUCUCUCGCCUCCCUCGCACCGACCGUCAUCCUCGUCAUAGCGGCAUCGUCCAAUGGUGACGCCUCGAGCUCGCCGCCUCGAGGCCUCUUUCAAGGCCGGCUUCCUCUCAAGGUGCUGUCGGUGCUGCCAGCGGUGACCGAAUCUGCUGGUAGAACCCGGAGAGGAUCAGGGGCCGCUGCGGCAGGAGGUACUGCUGCAGCUGCCUCCGCGACAAUCAGCGGCACGGACCCCAUUCAGGUGGUCUUCAAUCGCGCUGUCAUUGCCCUAGGCAGCGACUUUGGCUUUGAUGCGUCUCAGGUCGGGGGAAGAGCACAGGCGGCAGGAGCAGCAGCGCUGCAGUGGGGCCUGCCCCCUUCGCUGCUGCCCUUCUCGCUGGGGUGUAGAGGCGUUGACAGUGUUGCUGGUCGAGCCAGAUGGGUGACAUCGUUUGUGUUCCGCUUUGACCCCCUGGAAGAGUGGCCCUCGGACCUCACCUGCUCGCUCACCUGGAAUGCCAACUUCUCAGCUUUUGAUGGCACCAGCUGGGAUGAGUCAUCCCCCCCUCCUGCCCUGCAACUGCUCACGGACCCUCUCUCCAUGUCUCUCAACAUCGUCUUCUCACCCAUGACCUAUGCUGCCACGGGCUCCUGGUCUACACAGACAUCUUCCAAUUCGCCAACUGAAGCUCCCCCUGAUGCACAGUUACUCCUCUCCUUCUCUUCACUCGUUGACAUCAACCUUCUCACCAACCUCAUUCAGCUACGCACCAAGGCCAACAAGGUGGUCCCCGGUGUGACCACCCACGUCAAGCCGUGCCCUUGGGAUGCCUUCUCCUCCAUCUCCGUCGCCUCCCUUGCUGCUGACUCCACCACCACCAGCACUGCCACCACUGGCACCACCAGCAGCACAAUCGAUCGCUGUGCAGUCGUGACCUUCACAACCGCGUCAACCGGUGCAGAAACAUCAGGAAAAGCAGCCGUAGCAGCAGCCAUGGAGGCAGAAUGGAGCAAGGACAGCCUAUCCCUGAGCAGCAGCAGUCUGAGCAAGCUUUCUACUGCCGGGUGGGGCCCUUUCCUUCCGGACACGGAUUUCCACGUGGUCAUGCCCCGGGGAAGCAAGUACUACGGCAAGGCGGGGCCUCUCAAGCAGCCGCUCGUGGUGGAAGUGAGAGGCGCGUACCCGUUUAGGAUCACAACAGAUGGAUCGGAGGAUGGCACAUCCCUCAGCAUGGUGUCGCGCAGGAUAACCCUACCGUUACCACACGGGCUGCUCUCUCCUAUCUCAGAUCUCAAGGCGUGUCUGAGUCUGCUCCACUCUGGUGCCUCAAAACCUGGCGCUGCUGCUGCUGGUGCUGCUGGUGCAGAAGCUGUGGCGUUUGACCUUUCUCGUCCUUCCAACGGCUCUCUCCUUCUCUCUGCGCCAUUAGAGCCAGAUGCUCGAUAUACUCUCACAGUGGCUGCAUGCCCAUCAGUGCGGGACGGAUUCGGCCUGCCUCUACGUGCCUCCCGCAUCGCCAUCACCACGGAGCCCCUACAGCCCUUCCUCGCCUUAGCACCCCGCUCCCUCGUGCUCCUCGAUGCCUCCACCACCACCGCAAGCACUGGCGGUGACAUCUCUGGCAGCUCAGGAGUGUGGGACAGGCUCUGGCCGCUCUUUCUGCAGCUUCCUCCGUACCUGGGUUCAGACAAGCCGCCUCCGCUUGCCCUCGCCUGGCCCGUCACCUCUCUCCCGGUCUCCACCACCCCUGCCUCCUCGACCUCCUCCUCGCUCUUCUCACCCUUCUCCUCAUCUUCCGCUGCUUCCUCUGCUGCCGCCGCUGCUCUCUCUGUCCCCUGGCUUGCAUCCGGCCCAGCAGCUGAAGCAGAGCCAUGGCAGCAGCAGGGCACGAAAGCCUCUUCCUCUUCGUCAGCAUCUUGGUCCCCGUUUGCUGUGACUCCCUGCACUUCCUCUGCUUCCAGUGCUCGUUUCCACUUCAACAGCACCCAGGGCGGCUUCUCCCUCUCCUCGCCCACGCUCAACGCCUCCUCCCUCCUCGCCCCAUCCGGCAUGUUCGCCGUCCGUGGCUCCGGUUGCAUCCACUCAGACAGAGAUAUUAGCACUGAUACUGACCCUGACGCUGCUGCUGCUGAUGCGUAUGGGGAUGUUCCUCCUGGACGCUUUGGUGGGGGGCGGAAGAGGCGUGGCAAGCGUGGGGUGCAGGAGCUGUCGCAGCCUUCAGCGGUGGUAGCGGAAACGGAAGUUGCUGCAGUGAUGCUGCAGGCGGGGGAGAAGCAUGCUGUGGUGUGGGUCACAUGGCUCAGUGACGCGAGCCCUGUUGAGGGAGCCACUGUGUCUUUGCUUCCGUCUGAGAGCAACAAGGCCGAUAGUGGCAGCAAUCCAGUGGCGUUGGAUACAGUCACGGGCAAGACCGACAAAUCCGGCAUUGUGCUGCUGGCUCUUCCUGCUGUUCCUCCAGAGUUCUGCGGCAGAGCAUCAGUACAGGCUUCAGUUGCCUACUCCUCCCGCUCCUCCCCUUCCUCCUCCGCCUCAUCCUCCUCCUCCUCGUCCCAGCGUCUCAUGCUGCUCCCAGACUUCAAUCUACAAUGCGGAGGCUUUGACUCCUCCGAGUCUUCCUCGUCACAGUCCCCUCUGCAUGGGUCGCUAGUGCUGGAUCGCUCGCUGUACCGCCCUGGGGACACCGUGCAUGUCUUUGGCGUUCUCAGACAGCCUGGCCCUGACGGCAAGCUCCUCCUUCCCAAGCCAUCCGUCCGUCUGGUCCUAAGCUGCAGCCUCCCCAACUCCGAAACCCCCAAGAGCAUCCCCAUCACCAUCCACCCGCAAUUCGGCACGUUCCAAGCAGACAUCCCGCUCUCUACCACCGCCGAUACCGGCUCCGCCUCUCUCCAACUGGAGCUAGCCCAGCAGGGAAACGGAAACAACAUGUGGGUAGACGGAUACUCUUCUUUCCAAAUCAGCGACCCCCGGCCGCCCACUGUGACUCUCUCUCUCUCCAGCUCUGAUGCUGUGGCGAGGAUUGGUCGAGGGGUGGAGGUGGUGGUUUCCACAUGUACGUACAUAGGGGGCCCUGUGGCAGGAGAAGAGGUGAAGGUGUCGUGGCAGUUUGCUUAUGAAAGGGCUGAGGAGGACGGGGGAGAGGACCCUGGAUGGACGAUGUCCCGAUGGUGGGGAGGAGGAAGAGGUGGAGGAGGAGGAGGAGGAGGAGGAGGAGGAGGGAGUGAGUCUGUUUCGUCAGAGGGAGGAGGAGCGGGGGAGGGAAAGGCGGCGGAGUGUAGGGGUGGAAGUGGGAAAGGAGGGGCGAAGGAGGCGGGGAGUGGGUAUGUGCGGGGGAAUCGGUUUGUGAGCCGGGUGUGUGAGUCGGGAGUGGUGGUUGUGCGUACCAACAGCAGCGGCGUGGGGGUGGCAGUACUGGAUAUCGAUGCUGCCCUCGCUGAACCCACCAGGACACAGGUGGGGUCACUCUCACUCACAGCAGAGUGGGUAGGACCCACCAGGGAGCUUCUCUCAGACGCCACAACCCUCCCAGUCGCCCUCACUUCCUGGUCCACGCGCGUAUCUCUCUCUGUGCGCGACCCUGUCCCGGGUCAGCCUUUCCACGCCUCUGCGCGCCUCUUCUCUCUGCUCGACCCUGCUGCUGCUGCUGGGGGAAUGGACGAUGAUGUUGUGGGGUAUGGUGGCGAUGUUGCUGUUUCGGACAUGCCAGCGCGGCUUGCUGCCCCUGGUGGUGGUGCUGCUUCCACGAGCACCAGCACUGGUGGUGGUGGUGCGGGGGGGUCUGCUCCUUCCGUUGUGACGCUGUCGCUGGUGCUGAAUCGCACUGUGACAGACGCCUCAGGAGCGGUUGUCUCAUGGAAAGAGCACAAGGUCUCCUCCUGCAACGUCACUCUAUCCUCCACUGCGAGCUUGGACACUGCUUCUGCAGGCACUGGUACUGCAGGAGAAGCAGCAGGGGCGGCAGGGGUGGGGGAGGUGGUAUCUGGGUGCGGGUUUGUACUGCCGGAUGUGGGGCGGGCUCGGCUUCUCGCAUGCAUCACGGACCAUGAGGGGACUAAGGCGUGCACCUCUAGACGCAUUGGCAGAACCCUCCAGGAGUGGCAGGCCUGUCCGCUCUUCUCCCUCCCCCCACCCACCGCCUCCUUCAACAAGCCAUCCUACCUGCUGGGCGAAACAGCCACGCUCCGAUUCGAAAACCCAUACGAGGGGGCAUCGGCCCUCGUGCAGGUGACAGCAGGCCAGGGAGCAAAGGCCGAGGUGUGGCGCGAGCUGCACAGCGGGCUGGCGAGAGGAAUGGUGGAGCUUCCAGUGGUUGUAGAUGACAAGUGUGGUGGGGGGAGGGUAUCUGGAAGCGCAAAGGCUCCUGGGAGUGGGCCGCCAGGGUGUGCGGUGACUGUGGUGGUGGUGUCGCCUCGCCAGGCCUCGCAUCCUCUGCAGGGAAGUGCAGCUGAGAAGGUUCCCACUACGGUGAUUGCUGACCUUGCAGGGCCGUCGUCGUUCACGCUGCAUCUGACUCUCCGCGUCACGCCCACGCCGCCUCCUCGCCUCUUGCUUGACAUUGGUGCACCCUCAGGCCAUGUAUCAGCGGGCAGCGAGGUGGAAGUAGCAGUGCGGGUGACAGGGCUGGACGGUACUCCCCAGGGCCACGCACCCGUGCCAGACACAGACGUGCAGGUGCUGCUCGUGGCAGUCGACAAGGCCUUCCUUGACCUGAUGCCGCACGCUCUGUCGGACCCCACAGCCGAGUUCAACCCAGUGUCGCAGUUCUACGCAUCGCCCUCCCUGGCGGUGUUAUCGCACGAUGCCAUGCUCAACCCCUCUGCUAUCCACGCCCUCGCACAGGCAUAUCGCCGCAGGCGCAACAAGAACCCCUGGCUGCAGCCGUCUGAUUGGAUGGGCAGCAGUGGCCGCUCGCAGUGGUGGAUGGGUGCAACAGGCGGCUUGCCCUCCUCUCAUGAGCUCUGCUUCAACUCCAUCGCUGAUAACUUCACCCAAGGAUCCGACGCUGAUGGCCCGAUGCUGUACGGCAGGUACGGCAGGGGCCGAGGCAAGCGAGGCUUUGCCAUGGCCACUGCUAUGGCAAUGGACUCGGUCUCUCGAGUAGGUGCUGCUGCUGUCUCGUCCUUUGCUGCCGGAGGUGCUGCAGGGAACAACGGUGUGAUGAUGAUGCGAGCAGCCAUGCCUAAAAUGGCCGCUAUGGAUGAACGCGAGUCUGCAUCUGCCGAGAUGGCGAACGACAUGGGUGGUUCACUUGAUGGUGGUGCUGCUGCUGGUGCUGGUGCUGGUGUUGGUGGCUCAGCACUAGCUCUUGCCAAGAAACGCAAUAAUUUCACCAUCACUCCGCUCUGUCGCACUGCCACCGCACCCAUCACCACCACCUCUUCCUCUUCCCGUGUUGCCACUGCUACCUUCCGGUUCCGCCUCCCUGACUCCAUCUCCACGUUCGUUCUCCGAGCCUACGCUGUCACCGGAGCUAGCAGCAGGUUCGGAGCAGCGGAGACGGAGCUAGUAGCGUCUCGCCCACUCGCCCUGGUCCCAUCUGUGCCCCGCAUGGUGCGAGCAGGGGAUAGAUUCACAGCAGGCGUCACGGUCAAUCUCGAUCGAACCCUGGCUGAUACGAUACUGGAGGCAGCGGCAGGGAGAGGAGGAGCAGGGCAAGCAGGAGGAGCAGGGGCUGCGGAUGGUGGCAAAGAGGGACGGGGGAUGGAAGAGGGGACGGGUGUGGGGAUGUCUGUGACUGUGGCUGUUGCUGUGGUGGCACCUGUGUUGACGGACCCUGCUGAUGGGAGUGGGGAUGCAAUGAGUGGCAGGAGGGGAGUGGUGCAGGUGGUGGGAUUGAAUGAGAAAGACGACACGGUCUUCCCGACAGGCCCUUUGGAGGUGCGGUUCAACAUGGAAGCAUCAGUGGUGGGGGGCAUCGCUCUCUCCUUCACAGUGCAGUCACCCGGUCUUCCUCCUGAUGUGCUGGUGGUGCCACUGCAAGUGGAGGGAGUGCAGGAGGCCGUGACAGUGGCAAGCAGUGUUGCCGUGCAGGGCCAUGCACCCGUCUCCAAGUCUGCUGCUGCUGCUGCUGCUGCCGCUAGUGGGGAUGCACAGCCGGGGGGCUUUGAGGGACUAGCAGGGCAGUGGCAGGAGCAGAUCGCUCUGCCCAGUGAUGUUCUCCCAGGGAGCGCCCAGCUGAACGUCACUGCAGGAGUUGGGCGCCUGCCAGCAGUGCUGCAGCUCUCCUCCUCGCUGCUGCACUUCAACACCUGGGCCGACCAGCCAUUCCCCUCCGCCACGCACCUCCUCUGGUCGCUCCUCCCCUCCGCACUCCUCCACCAAUACGACUCCGCCACGUCACCCUCCUCCUCGGCUCAGUCGGCGUGGUCGGCUUUCAAGUCGCUGUUUUCGGCAGCAGGGGGUGCUGGUGGGGGGGCUGCAGGGGGAGGGAGUGUGGUGUUGAGUGAAGCGAGGAGCGCUGAUGCUUUGGCUCGAGCGCGCUUGCAAUCGUACACGCUUCAAUGCUGUGGCCUUGUGGAUGAUCCCUUCUCACCCACCCCCAACCGAUACACCGAUAUCCGUCUCAACGCCUAUGGCAUCAUGGUGUCACGCUACCUCUCCCUUUUGAACGCAUCCCCCAUCCCCAAAUCCGUGACUGGCAAAUGGAGGGCUGCUUUGGAGGGGGUCCUGGGUGAGAUGGAGAGGCGUGCCAAGGAGCAGAUGAGUCGAGAGGUGGAGGCGGAAGAGAGGCAGGAGAGGAAGCGGAAGGAGGAGGAAGGGAUUGUGGACGAGGAGGAGGUUGGUGAGGGCGAGGGCGAGGGGAAGGACGAGGAUGAGGAGAUGCAGCAGCAGCAGAAGCAGAAGCAGAAGCAGGAUUUGGAGGGUAGGGAGUUGGGAGACUCUGUGGUAUCGUCAUCGUCUGCUUCUGCUGUCCUCUCCUCUGCCUUUGUGCAUCGCCGCCUGCUCUGGGCUCGUGUUCCCGAGGGCGAAGUGAUUCCUGGUGAACCCAGGCCUGCUGUUGCUGUGGCUCGAGCUGUUCCUGUUGAUGAUCCAGCAGAGGAGAGGGAGGAAGAGGAGGAGGGUGAAGAGGGAGAGUCAGCAGCAACUGCUGAGUCCUUGGAAGGAGAGGCGGGAGAAGCAGAGGGUAUGGAGAGCAGUGUGAUCGGGACUGUGGGGUUUGAGGGAAAGGCAGGGAGGGGAUGGGAAGGCAAGGAGGCUGCUAUUGGAGAAGCCGUUAUGGGCAAGUCAGCAUGGGGAGGAGAGGUGGGAGGGGCCGUAGGAGGGGGAAUGGCAGGGGCGAUAGGAGGGGAGAUGGGAGGGGCGGUGGGUGUGGAGAUUGGAGGAGCUAUGCCGGAGCCAGCGUGGGUUGCGCCAGAGGAGGGUGUUGGUUCACCAUCGUCUCGCCGCCUGCUCUACUUUGACUGGGAACUCGUUCCGUACCUCUGGCUGGGCCUCGGCACGUCCCCGCCUCCUCUUGCUCAAGCUGCCCGCAUCUCCCCUCUCCUCUUCACGUCCCUCAAGCACCGCUUUGCCAGCCUCUCUCCUCUCGGCAAGCUCUGCGCAGCGCUGGCCUUCGUCUUAGAAGCAAAAGAGGACCACCAAGACCCUGCCACUCUCCUUCAAGCCAGCAGCAGCAGCGGGCAUGUAGGCGCAGGAGCAGGUGGAGGGGAGGGGGCAGAGUCAGAAGCAGCAGAGGCGGUGGGAUUGGCGAUGACAUGGACGCUCAACAGCAUGAGGGUGCUGGGUCGGACAGCGUAUGUCACUGCUGCUGCCGGCUCGCCUUUCUCGGCCGGGGGGACUGCCAGUGCGCUCGCUCUGCUCCUGCUUGUGGAGACGGGCUGUGACUCGCCGCUGGUGGAGAAGCUAGCCAACCACGUGGCCGGCACAGACCGCGCGUCUGCAACAGCGUAUGGCGCAUGGGCAGAGCACGCUCUCUCUGCGCUCGCCCUCACACGCUACGACAUGCAGCGCGGCAGCACAGCCCCUCACCUCGCCCUCACUGUCUCCUCUGCUCCCAUCUCCACUGCCGCUGGUGCUGCCGCUGCUGGUUCUGAUGGGAGUGGGGAAGCAGCUGGUGCUGCUGCCACCACUGCCACCACCAUUCUCUCGCACGUGUUCUCUCCAUCUGGGCUUGAUGCGCAAUCAGCAGCAGCUGCAGGAGCAGGAGCGGGAGCAGGAGCGGCUGUGUUUGCAUCUGUACCGUGGGCCACUGCUGCUGGCCGCGUCCCUUCCUCUCUGCUCAUUGACGCACAGGGCACAGGCGAGGUGUCGGUAUCAGUGGCACUGUCGUUCAUCCCAGGCAGCAUUCUCCCCUUCCCCACUUACCGAGGCCUCUAUGUCGAAAAGAUGUUCUCCUUCAAAGCACCUGCCGCCGCCGCUGCUUCCGUGGACACAGCAGCUCCUCUGCUGCAAAUGCCAUCUUCCACUCCCACUUCCUCUGCGCCAGUGGGAGUGGUGGUGACGGUGACCAUCCAGGUGACAACACCAGACGAUGCUCGCAACCUCGUCAUCCUCGACCUCCCACCAGCCGGCCUCGAACCCCUCGACCCCGACCUGCCCUCGCAACAGCAAACCACCCCUGACAGCAACCCCACGUCCCUCUGGUCCCUCUGGUGGGCGCCCUGGCACUCCCGCACCACGCGCCCCUCCCACGUGCGCUUCGCCUUCCCCUUCCUCCCCGCCGGCACGCACACCGUCUCCUACCAAGCCAUGGCUGUCACGUCAGGGGCGUUCGCUCUCCCUCCCGCCAAGGCGUUUCUCCAGGAGCAGCCUGAGGUGCUGGGGCUGUCGGCAGGAGGGCGGUUCUGGGUGCUGGCUGCGGGGCAAAGGGAGCCGGUGGAGGCGAGGGAGGGCAGGAGGAGGCUGCUGGCUGUGCCGAAGCUGUGUCCGAAUGACUGCAGUGGGUCGGGUACAUGCAACGUGGCGACCGGCACGUGCAUCUGUGACCGCCUCUUUGCCUCCGCUGACUGUUCUCUCUUCACAGGCAGCAGCACAGGCAGCACAGCAGGCAGCACCACAGGCAGCAGUCACCCGCAGGGGCAGGCACAGGGCCAGAAGCAAGGCCGAUGGGAGGAGGGGACCACAGAAGGGGGCAACGCACAGGGGGGCGCAGGUGCAAGCAGCGGCGGCAGCGGCGAUGGGUUUGGAGGAGAGGGGAAGGGGAGGGACUUCUCGGAUCUGGUUCAUCUGACGGUGCCCUCAGCGUCGGUGCUGGCGCUGGCGGCUGCUCUCACGCUCCUGCCUCUCGUGCUGCUGCUGCUCUCGUCGCGCCUCCGCCUGCGCUCGCUGGCUGCCCGCCUAGCUGGCUACCGGGCCGUUCACACAGAGCAUGCACUCAUUGAAACCUCUGCUCUGCCACCUCGCCUCUGCUUGCGUCUCGAGUCCCAUACACACCUUCCGCCCCGCAUCCCUCAUCCAUCCCUUCUCUUUAUCCUUCUUGCCUCUUGCCAUUUUUCCACAUUCUCCCUCUACCCGCCUGCCUGCAUCGUCUCUGCUAAUCCCUCUCCUCCCUCCCUCCCUCCCUCCCUCCCUCCCUCCCUCCCUCCCUCCCUCCCUCCCUCCCUCCCUCCCUCCCUCCCCCCCUCCCUCCCUCCCUCCCCCCCUCCCUCCCCUUCCCUUUCUCCCUCCCUACCCCCCUCCCCUCUCUCCCCUUCCCUUUCCCCCUCCCUCCCCUUCCCUUUCCCCCUCCCUCCUCUUCCCUUUCUCGCCCCCUCCCCUCCCUCCCUCCCUCCCUCCGUCUCUCCUGGUCUGAUGCUCGGCCGUUUCCGUCAGACAGGAGCGAGUGAGCUCAGCGCGACAGCUCCAGGCUCAGGCGCACAUGGGCAGGGAGGGGAGGGCACACCCAUGUUGCGGGCAGACGAGGACUCUGAAUAA